AUGUCUGGUCGCGGUAAAGGAAAAGCCAAGGGCACCAAGUCCAAGAGCCGCUCAUCUCGAGCAGGGCUUCAAUUCCCGGUUGGUCGAAUUCACCGUCUUCUCCGCAAAGGCAAUUACGCUGAGCGAGUCGGCGCCGGUGCUCCAGUGUACUUGGCUGCUGUGCUCGAAUACUUGAGCGCUGAGAUUCUUGAGUUGGCGGGCAAUGCUGCCCGUGACAACAAGAAGACAAGAAUUAUUCCCCGUCACCUUCAACUGGCUGUCCGUAACGACGAGGAGUUGAACAAACUUCUUGCCGGUGUCACCAUCGCACAGGGAGGUGUUCUUCCCAACAUCCAGGCUGUACUUCUGCCCAAGAAGACCGAGAAGAAACCCAAGGCAUAAAUCAGCCUUUACCCAUAAAAACGGCUCCUAUAGGAGCCACCACAUAAUACAAAAGUCUUGACUAGCUGGACACGAUACGACUGUCAAAAUAUCAUCUCAUAACCCCUCUUCCCAGUUUCCAAAUUUAUGUCAUAAAAUGAAAAUCCAAAUGUUUUCAAAUGUGAUACCAAUGUCGCCCAACGACCAAAUACACUUCAUACAGUUUUCGCGCACAAAAAUCGUAGAAAUAACGACUUUCGAUAUGUUAUUCGACGCAAAGGUUUGUAAAUCUCGUGCCAAAAUCUUUUGUUGUUGAAUCUUUUAUGUCGAUAUCACUGGUGGCUAUAACAAAUUGCGCCCAAAUCCAGUUUGAAAGUAGGGCUGGUUUGCGGGUAAGCCGGUGUGAAUUUCGUUGUACUGUCAAUGUAUCUCUUGCAACCCGCGAUAAAAAAAUCAGACAGGAGAUGAAAUGUGUUAACAGGCGUGCCUAGAAAAUACAGCUUGAUGAUGUGUAGCUUGGAAGAAAACCAUGGUUAUUUUAAAUAUUACAAUGGCAAAACAAGGCUUGCGAGUGAACAGUGAAAGCAAGUCAGGGCUGCCAUGUGAUAGAAUGUUUGAGCGACUUAAUUCAUUAUUCCUUUGCAUGCGAUGUGCUGUUCUUCGCGCUUCAAUACUUUACAGUGACGCGCGAUUUUUUUUAACAGAAUGAGCGAAGGAUAUACGAUUUUAAUCCACACAGAAAGGGAAACAAAUUAAUUGGUCAUGACUUUUCUUAAAAUUGGUGGCUCCUAAAAGAGCCGUUUGUAUUGUGUUAGGGCGGUCUUUCUAACCGCCAAAUCUGUUCAGUGUUUACACGCACCAAGAUCUUAGAAAUAACGCCGUCGGAACUUUAACCUUGCCUGACGCAAAUGUGAGUUGCGCGCCAAAAAUCGUUUAUCGUUGAAUCUUUUAUGCCAACGUUACUGGCGGUUAUAAGAAAUUGCGUUUAAUUCCAGUUUGCAAGUGAGCUGGUUUGAUUUUGAUUUUAUGUUCAAUUUAUACUCAUGCGAUUCAUAAAAGAACACUCGGAAAGGGAGGAAAGUGAUGCAGGUUACUAACAAGCAACAAGCGAAAUAUGCAGUUAAAUUAUGAAUAGCCUUAUCGAAAAACAUUAUGGUUGUAUAAGUAUUCAACUGAAGAAACAAGGUUAGAGGAAGGGAAGGUAGAGGGACAAGAGAAAGCUGGCCAGUAGUGCCGACGAGAUUUUAUUUGUUCCUCAUUUGCGCGCAAGAUUCCUUUUCCGAGAUACUAGCCCAAAUCGUGACGCGAGCGGAUGGUGCAGUCAUUUUCUAAAGCAAAUUAUCUGUAUGAGCGAGAUAAAAGCGCUCGCAACAAACAUGAUCAUGACUUUCUUUGUAUUUGGUGGCUCCUAUAGGAGCCGUUUGUAUUGUGGCAGGAUGGUCUGUCUAACCGCCAAAUCCGUACAGAGUGCGGCCUUGUCUCUUCAGAGCGUACACCACAUCCAUGGCUGUCACAGUCUUUCUCUUGGCGUGCUCGGUGUAUGUCACAGCAUCACGGAUCACGUUCUCAAGAAAGACUUUGAGAACACCACGGGUCUCCUCGUAGAUCAAGCCGGAGAUUCGCUUGACACCGCCACGGCGAGCAAGACGACGGAUGGCUGGCUUGGUGAUACCUUGGAUGUUAUCACGAAGGAUUUUUCGGUGACGCUUGGCGCCACCUUUUCCGAGACCUUUACCUCCUUUACCGCGACCAGACAUGUUGAUUAUCAGCCGUGUGUUUGAGUUAUGGCAAUUGAACGAACGUUAUUAGGUUUUAUACAGAAAGAUGAGACCUCUCAGAAAACAGAAUGGGAAUAAGGGUUGCUAUUGGUUGAGUCAAAUGUCUGAGCAUAAUUUUACUGUUUUAUUAACAUGUCUUAGCAUAAAUCACACGGUAUUCCCGCGCGCGUAUGUUUUCGAUGGAAAGCAACUCACUUCCUGAUCCAAAGUUUCUUGAAACAUUCGCUGAGAAUUGUUUUUGCUCUCUAGCUAUACUAUAUAUUAAAUUUAAAAUGAGGAUAUUAUUUGGCUUAUGCCUAAACGACCUUCCAUGUUACUUCGGAUCCAAAUAACAUAGCAGAUCCAUAAAAUUAUUCACAGCUUUCGUACCUAACCAAUCAAAUCUCUUCAUUUUGAGCCAAUCACAAGUAAGCCCGCCAGGUAUAAAUCAAUUUCUAUACAUAACUUUCUAUCAUCAGUUAUUCAGAGUCGUUGAACAGGAUGGCACGUACGAAGCAAACUGCACGAAAAUCAACCGGUGGAAAAGCUCCACGAAAACAGCUCGCCACAAAGGCAGCUCGUAAGAGCGCUCCUGCCACUGGUGGAGUCAAGAAACCUCAUCGUUACAGGCCUGGUACGGUCGCUCUUCGUGAGAUCCGUCGUUAUCAGAAAUCCACCGAGCUGUUGAUCCGCAAGCUGCCCUUCCAGCGUCUUGUGCGAGAGAUCGCUCAAGACUUCAAGACAGAUCUGCGUUUUCAGAGCUCCGCGGUAAUGGCUCUUCAAGAAGCUAGCGAGGCUUACCUUGUUGGUCUGUUUGAAGACACCAACUUGUGCGCCAUCCACGCCAAGCGUGUCACCAUCAUGCCCAAGGACAUUCAGUUGGCCCGCCGAAUCCGCGGAGAACGAGCUUAG